UUUCCCCAGUCACUGUAAUUCAGACCGACAACGAAUGUUGAUAGAAGGCAUCACAGAAUAUUUAUUUUAAUUGGAUAUUACUAUACGGAAUACUUACAAAGACGAAUUCAGAAGUAAUUGAAAUCAAUAUAAUCAUUCAAGUAUAGAAAAAAUAUCUCUCUGGUCGUUAGCUGAUGUAUAAUCGCGUAAUGUAAUUCUAUAAUACCAUCGCAAAGUUCUACACUUAAAACGCUCCAUCUCAAUUGGAACCUGAUAAAAUGCGAACCAGACGACUCACUUUGGUCAAGGCUAUAGGCGUUCGCCUAUUGUUUCUUCUACAUUGCCUGCUGGCCAUAUCCAGAGUAUCGGCUAUUCUAAGUGAAUCAAAAUUUUGGAUCCACUCCGUGGGCUUUGUACUGGUGUUUUUAGAGGGAUUUCACGCUGUCUAUUGCAGACAAGGCAUGGAGCAUAAGUGGGUUUCUCUUGGGACGUUUCUGUUUAUCUGUCUGGAUAUUGUUCCCAUCUGGAUUAUGGAGCUGGAUCAUGCGAACAGAGCUACAGGAACUAGUGGCGCGGGGACUUUAGCAACACCAAUACUCACCAAUAUCACGACGUCAACGAACGAUACCAGUGAGGAGUAUUUACUCAGCUUUUUUAAUUUAUUGGUAAGCCGGGGGGUGCUGAUUGCCUUGCAUGAUGGAGAACGCAUGAGACCUAAUCAUUACUAG